CUCCGCUCCCAGACUACUCCGUUCCUCCGGAUUUCGAUCCCCCUUUUUCUAUCUGUCAAUCAGCGCCGCCUUUGAACUGAAAAGCUCUCAGUCUAACUUCAACUCACUCAAAUCCGAGCGGCACGAGCUCCUCCUGUAUCUUCGGCUUCCCCCCCCUCUGCUCUUUAUAGCUGACUUCUUGUUGUUGUUGGUGUUUUUUUUUCCUUAACCCCCCUUUUUAUUUAUUAUUUUUUUUUUUUUGCACAUUGAUCGGAUCCUUGGGAACGAGAGAAAACAAGAAAUCCAAACUCACGCGUGCAGAAGAUCUCCCCCCCUUCCCCUCCCCUCCUCCCUCUUUUCCCCUCCCCAGGAGAGAAAGACCCCAAAGCAGAAAAAAAAAAAGUUCACCUUGGACUCGUCUUUUUCUGGCAAUAUUUUUUUUUUUUGUGGGGGAAAAACAAAACUUUUUUUGGGGGGGCGGUUGAUUAUUUUUUUGGCUUUUCUUCUUCCUUCAUUUUUCAUCCAAAAUUGCUGCUGGUGGGUGAAAAAAAAAAAUGCCGCAGCUGAACGGCGGUGGAGGAGAUGACCUAGGCGCCAACGACGAACUGAUUUCCUUCAAAGACGAGGGCGAGCAGGAGGAGAAGAGCUCGGAAAACUCCUCGGCGGAGAGGGAUUUAGCUGAUGUCAAGUCGUCUCUAGUCAAUGAAUCAGAAACGAAUCAAAACAGCUCCUCCGAUUCCGAGGCGGAAAGACGGCCUCCGCCUCGAUCCGAAAGUUUCCGAGAUAAAUCCCGGGAAAGUUUGGAGGAAGCGGCCAAGAGGCAAGAUGGAGGGCUCUUUAAGGGGCCACCGUAUCCCGGCUACCCCUUCAUCAUGAUCCCCGACCUGACGAGCCCCUACCUCCCCAACGGAUCGCUCUCACCCACCGCCCGAACCCUCCAUUUUCAGUCCGGCAGCACACAUUACUCUGCGUACAAAACGAUUGAACACCAGAUUGCAAUUCAGUAUCUUCAGAUGAAAUGGCCGCUACUUGAUGUCCAAGCAGGGAGUCUCCAGAGCAGACAGGCCCUCAAGGAUGCUCGCUCUCCAUCGCCCGCACACAUUGUUAGCCCCCUCCCUUGCUGCCCUCAGGGACAUGGCUGCCAGCACUUCUGCCCCCCCUCAGACUUCACUGUCAGCACGCCAGUCUUCAGGGACAUGAAAAGCAACCACUCCUUACAAAAAGUUGGGGAGCCCUGGUGUUUGGAGUCGAACAAAGUGCCCGUGGUGCAGCACCCCCACCAUGUCCACCCGCUCACGCCUCUCAUCACCUACAGCAACGAACACUUCACCCCGGGAAACCCACCUCCACACUUACCAGCUGACGUAGACCCCAAAACAGGAAUCCCACGGCCUCCACACCCUCCAGAUAUAUCUCCGUAUUAUCCACUAUCGCCCGGCACUGUAGGACAGAUCCCCCAUCCGCUAGGAUGGUUAGUACCACAGCAAGGUCAACCAGUAUACCCAAUCACGACAGGAGGAUUCAGGCACCCCUACCCCACAGCGCUGACUGUCAACGCUUCCAUGUCCAGCUUUCUGUCUUCUAGGUUCCCUCCCCACAUGGUCCCACCACAUCAUACUUUACACACGACCGGCAUUCCCCACCCGGCCAUAGUCACACCAACAGUCAAACAGGAAUCCUCCCAGAGUGACGUCGGCUCCCUGCACAGCUCAAAGCAUCAGGACUCCAAAAAGGAAGAAGAAAAGAAGAAACCCCACAUAAAGAAACCCCUUAAUGCGUUCAUGUUGUAUAUGAAGGAAAUGAGAGCAAAGGUGGUGGCGGAAUGCACAUUGAAAGAAAGUGCUGCCAUCAACCAGAUCCUGGGGCGAAGGUGGCAUGCACUGUCUAGAGAAGAACAAGCAAAGUACUACGAGCUGGCCCGGAAGGAGCGACAGCUUCACAUGCAGCUGUACCCUGGCUGGUCUGCGCGGGAUAACUAUGGAAAGAAGAAGAAGAGGAAAAGGGACAAGCAGCCAGGCGAGACCAAUGAACACAGCGAAUGUUUCCUAAAUCCUUGCCUUUCACUUCCUCCGAUUACAGACCUGAGCGCUCCUAAGAAAUGCCGAGCGCGCUUUGGCCUUGAUCAGCAGAAUAACUGGUGCGGCCCCUGCAGGAGAAAAAAAAAGUGCGUUCGCUACAUACAAGGUGAAGGCAGCUGCCUCAGCCCGCCCUCUUCAGAUGGAAGCUUACUAGACUCGCCACCCCCGUCCCCACACCUGCUAGGCUCCCCUCCCCAAGACGCCAAGUCACAGACUGAGCAAACCCAGCCACUCUCGCUCUCCCUGAAGCCUGACCCCCUGGCCCACCUGUCCAUGAUGCCUCCGCCACCGGCGCUCCUGCUGGCCGAGGCCGCCCACAGCAAGGCCUCUGCCCUCUGUCCCAACGGGGCCCUGGACCUACCACCUGCCGCCCUGCAGCCACCCAUCAUCCCGUCCUCAUCACUUGCACAGCCAUCGACAUCUUCCUUACAUUCCCACAACGUGCUGACUGGGACCCAGCCCCAGCCUCUGUCCCUCGUAACCAAGUCUUUAGAAUAGCUUUAGCUUUGUCAGCCCUGCCUGAGAUGAGUGCUUUCUUCUUGGUUUCUUGAUUUGCUCCUCUCCCCACCCCUCACCCCUACUUGGAAAGCUUUUGUUUUGUACUCUUUUAAUUUUGUGCCACGUGGCUACAUGAGUUGAUGUUUAUCGAGUUCAUUGGUCAAUAUUUGACCCAUUCUUAUUUCAAUUUCUCCUUUUAAAUAUGUAGAUGAGAGAAGAACCUCAUGAUUCUACCAAAAUUUUUAUCAACAGCUGUUUAAAGUCUUUGUAGCGUUUAAAAAUAAAUAUAUAUAUAUACAUAACUGUUAUGUAGUUCUGAUAGCUUAGUUUUAAAAGACUGAUUAAAAACAAAAAGAAAAAAAAAGAGAGAGAGAGAAGCAAUUUUGAAGCAGCCCUCCAGAAGGAGUUGGUUCUGUAUUAUUUGUAUUAAAUACGAGCUUGCGAACCAAUCAUUUUACACCUGGUUUUUGAACCAGAAGGGCACAAUGGAUGCCGUGCCAUUACCUUUAUUUUUUUUUCUCUGUGUGAAACAACUUUUAUUGUGAUGUUACUUGUUAUUGUUUAAAUGUACAGAAACAAAGGGUUAAAAAUGUGUUAAUAUACCUUGUUCCUUGGUGUUGUUCUUUUGUGGGGAGGGGGUUGCUACUCAACAAUUAAUGGAAUCAUCAUGCUUUUGGACCAGUAGUAUUUAUUGCUUUAGAGGUUGCUUGUUGUACUUGUAUGUUGUCUCUUUUUAAAUAUGUUUUGUUCCCCUUUUUCUUGGAACUGUAUAAAGUUUUUUUCCCCCUCCCUUAGCAUAAGCAUCUUAUAUAUAACAACUCAUUUGUACAAGGUUUUUAAGUUUAUAUAUAAAAAUGUGUAUAUAUAUUUUUUGUUUCCCUUUUUUUUUGACUUCUUUUUUUCUGUCUGAAACCCAGAUACCGCCAAAUGGACAUUAAUAGUUGCAUCAAGGAUCAGUAGCAUUAACAAAAGUUGCUUCAAAAGCCAUUAAGUAAAACAAGACUUGAACUGUAGUGAGGGAAUGUUAGAUGCUGUCUGAGCAGCAGUGGGAACUGCCCUUGUUUUGCCCCGCCCUUGAAUCCUAGUCAGACGCCCUGCACCCUUAGGACAUGGACUGACCGUGUGCAAAACUUGAUGUGCCAAAACUCUCAGUGACUUUAGCUUUCUCCCUUUUUGAUGCUGUACUUUCUGUUCAUCAUGUUUUGCUGUGAUGUUACAUAGGUAGAUUUGUAUGUAGUUUUAAUGUCACCUAUAACAAAAUGUGUUUGAUAGCAGAUUGUCCAGAAAGCAUUUUAAAUGAAGAGGUAUAAACCCUUAAGGGCCAAAAUUCUGUAUAUUAGAUUACUCUUAAAUGAAAAAUCCAGCUGCCGCUUCUAUGGACGUAUAUUACAUACAAGUAGGUAGCGAACUUUAAAAAUAAAAAAAAAAAAACCUAGGCAUGUUGAUGUUGCAAAUGCUGUAUAAAGCUAAGACCUGUUCAUUCAGUGCCAUUGUAGUUGACAUGAAGCGAUUGUAAAACUGUCUCCGAUUUUUCUCUGGUUUAUUAAAAUGCUAACUAUAACAUUUUUUUCUUUUUUGUGAAUACUUUGAAUGUUUCCUAACAGUUGUGAUGUUACUGUUCCGUUUUAUGCUCUUAUUCCAAGUUCAUUUUGAAUGGUUUGGAAGCCAUUUUUGUAAUGAAUAAAUGUCCAUGCUGUACAGUACCUGUAGCAUGCCGUUCUGGAUUAAUAAAAGCAACUUAGUAUGUGCAGAGAAA